AUGCUACGAGAGCAGACACAGGCUCACCACAAACAUCAUCCCAAUACUACCACCUACUAUGGCGAUCGGCAGCAAGAGAUGAACUUCUCGGAAGCUGGAAGCUCCUCUGCUCCUUUCGAUGCUGCAGCCCAUGCUCCUCGCCCAGCGACAGCUACCUUCUCGUCAUUACCUGCUAGUAGCUCAAAUUUUCCAGCAUUCAGCUGGAGUACCAGCCCUUCUGCAGCGCCUCCUUUCUCGUCCGCACCGCUUCCACGGCGGAAGAGGCCGAGAGGCAGAUCUCAAAAGGGAGACGGCCUGGCAUCACUGUCUAGCCCAGCCCACCCCUUCGCAGAUGCCCAGAGCAGGUACGACGGGGUCGACUAUGGUCGAGAUAGCGACAGCUGCGACUCGGACUCGGAGCAAGGAGAGCCUCUCACUCCCUCUUAUCGCUACGUAGACGAUGGCUUGGGACGCGCUGGUAGUCCAGAGAAGGCUGCUCAUCCGAAGAAGCGACAGCGCCCGCACUUAGACACGGAAGAUGUCGGACGUUUUGCUGGGAUGAGCAUCUUCGAGGAGAGAGGUACAGGGGCAUCGCAUACAGCAGAAGCUGCGAGACGAGCUGGGUUUGGGGCACCGCCGUCGAGUCCUCUGUCGCCCGUGAGGGCACCGCCUGCUUCCCCGACUACGGUAGGCGCAAUGGCAAGCGGACCAUUGGCAUCGAGUGUAGCUUUGCAGGCUAGUACUGGCACUAGUCGCUUGGAUGAAGGGAGGGAGGAAUGUGAGGACGUGGGCAUGGGCCGAGGACCCAGCAGCUGGGAGAUCGACCAAUAUAGGUCCUACAUUGCCAGUCUGGAAGACGAGGCUGAUACCAGCGGCUCAGACGCGCAAGGAGAUCAAAGCGAUGCGCAAGCGGACGGGGCUAGGUAUACUGCUAUCACACAGAAGGAAGCUGAGCAGCUAGCCUCUUUUCGACGUCAGCAAAUCUCCAAGUACAAAGCGGACGUUAUGUCCGUUGCGGAAGAGGACGAUGUAUCGUCUCACCGAUCUCCCUCAUUCGCAAUCAACCCAGAAUUGCUCGCAAAGCUCGAAGCCCACUCGCGAGCCGUCGUACUCGGAGGCGACAUCAGUAGUCGACCUAUUGCGGGCAGAAAGUCCGGGGGCGUUACGCCUGCGACGACACCUCCUGAUCAAGAAGAGGCCAAGGGGGAAUUGGUGCUUUGGAGAAGCCCAGAGGAGAUACUUGCUCCGUCGGGUACUGCUGCGCUCCGGGCGGAGAGGUCAGGCAGGGACAGCAUGGCGGCCAUGGACUCGCCUCGCUCUCUGGCAAUAGCAGGAGGGUCGUCCGCCAGGCAGACAUCUUCAAUAGGUUCGAGCGAUCUUCAGGAGCCUCUCUUCGCGUUCGGCACACACUCCCCGCCGAAGACAUUCUCUCCGGUGUUCGCGGCUAUUGCUGCUGGUAAGGCGAGACAUACCGCACCUGGUGAAGCGAUUGGCGGGGUAGGACCAGCUGACGAGGUUGACCAAGAGAUGGAGCUGGAUGAUUGA